GCGGGGCCCCGCGACUCGGCCGCAGCCUCAGGCUGUGUCCGGGUCCUGGGGUCCCCCCGCACCGGGGGAUGGGGUCGAGGGAGCCGGGGUCCAGGAACAAGGCUGGUCGCUGAUCGGGGCUGAGGGCGGGACCGGAAGGACGACAGGCAGCGGGAUCUCCACUCCGGGUUCCCCCUUCCCACCUUUCACCCUGCCUUGGGGUUCGGGGUGCCUUACAGCUCGGACUUCAGGCACAUAUGGAAGACUCGGAGCGUGGACCAUGUGCAGUUCCUGCCCUUUCUCACCACGGACAUCAACACCCUGAGCUGGCUGAGCUACGGGGCCUUGAAGGGAGACUGGACGGUGAUCAUCGUCAACGCCGUGGGCACUGCGCUGCAGACCCUCGCACGGUGCUCCUCCAGACCACGGCCCUGCUGGGCAUCUUGCUCCUGGCCUUCAGCUACUUCUGGUUGCUGGUACCUGAGGAACAGCAGCUUCAGCAGCUGGGCCUCUUCUGCUGUAUCUGCACCAUCUCCAUGUACCUCUCACCAAUGGCUGACUUGGCCAAGAUCAUUCACACCAAGUCCACACAAGGCCUCUCUUGGCCACUGACCAUUGCUUCCCUCCUCUCCUCUGCCUGUUGGACCUUCUACGGGCUCCGUUUCCAGGACCCUUACAUUACAGUGCCCAAUCUUCCUGGCAUUCUCACCAGCCUCCUUCGCCUCUGGCUCUUUUGGAAGUACCCACAGGAGAGAGACAGGAGCUACCAGCAUUUGCAAACCUGAAGAGGUCCAGCACCUUAAUAUCAAAAUGUUACCAAAGAGAAUGCCUUGUUUCAGCCAUUCCUGCUAUAGAACUCCAAGGCUGUCUCAAAGAGACUUCAAGAAUUGAAGGACCAAAGAAAGAUUCAUUUUGAUGGGACCUGGGAGAUUAAUCACUUUUAUUUUUUAUUAUUUUUGAGAUGACAUUUUUUAAUUUGGGAGGUUGGGGAGAAAUCUUUAGAAUGUGCCUUAAAAU